AUGCACGAUAUUGUCCAGCUCCACGGUUCCCCUCGAAUCUUGGCGCUGCUGAUCGUGUUCAUUGUCGUUGUCGUGCUCUUCCUGUUGAACCUGCUCAUCGCCCAGCUUGUAGGUGCCUAUCGGAAAGUUUAUGGCGACAUGGAGGGCUUCGCACGAUUAUUUAGAAGCAGUAUUACCGUCUCCACGGUGCGGAACCUUCGGCCAAAGCGGUGGGCGGCGUUCCUCAAGGGCCUGAAUUUUCAGGAGAGGAUCGAGUUCAAUGAGGGAGACAUCGGCAUUGCUGGUGGCAUACAG